UCCAGAGGCUGGGCCAGUGCCACGUGGCAGGUCUGGCCCUGGCCCAGGUGGCCUCCAGCUGAGGAGUUUCAGCCCCGUCACAGCCAAACACGCCCCUUUUUGCCCAGAAACGCAGAAAUUUCCCCCCAAAACCCCCAUCCCACCCGCCUGGGCUGUGGGGGAUGCCCGUGGGUGCCCGCACCAGGGUGGUCCGUGCAGGGGUGAUCCCAGCUCGUCCCCCCGGCUCCUCCCUGCAGGGUUUUGGCCAUGACGGAGGUGACCAAGCGCAUCCUGGUGACAGGUGGCACCGGCCUGGUGGGCAGAGCCAUCGAGAAGGUGGUGGCCGAUGGAGAGGGGCGGCCGGACGAGGAGUGGAUCUUCGUGUCCUCCCGAGACGCCGACUUGACGAGCAGCUCCGAGACCAAAGCCCUGUUUGAGAGGCACAAGCCCACCCAUGUCAUCCACCUGGCCGCCAUGGUCGGAGGCCUUUUCAAAAACAUCCGCUCCAACCUGGAUUUUUGGAGGACAAACAUCCACAUCAAUGACAACGUCCUGCACUCGGCCCACGAGUCAGGGGUGCAGAAGGUGGUCUCCUGCCUCUCCACCUGCAUCUUCCCGGACAAGACCACCUACCCCAUUGACGAGACCAUGGGGUUAUUCCGAGCAGCAUGGCCGACGCUUCACCGCCGUCAUUCCCACCAACGUCUUUGGGCCGCACGACAACUUCAACAUCGAGGACGGCCACGUCCUGCCGGGGCUCAUCCACAAGAGUCCGGCUCUGCUCUGACCGUCUGGGGAACGGGCAAGCCCAGGAGACAGUUCAUCUAUUCCCUGGACCUGGCCCGACUUUUCCUUUGGGUCCUGCGGGAAUACGAUGAGGUGGAACCAAUCAUUUUGUCAGUGGGAGAAGAAGAUGAAGUCUCCAUCCAGGAAGCGGCAGAGGCCAUCGCGGAGGCCAUGGAAUUCAGGGGAGAGCUCGUUUUUGACGCCACCAAGUCCGACGGGCAGUUCAAGAAGACGGCCAGCAAUGCCAAGCUCCGGCGGUACCUGCCCGGAUUCCAGUUCACACCUUUCAGGAAAGCUGUGAAGGAAACCUGUGCCUGGUUCAAUGCCAACUAUGCCAACGCCAGGAAGUGACGGCACCGGGACUGGCACCACCCGGCACCGGGAUCGUCCUCUUCAACUCAGGGUUGUCCUUUGCUGGGGCAGAGGACAGGGCUGGGGGUGGGGUGACAGUGACAUUUCCAAAGUAAAAAUGGGAGCCCGGGGAGCAGCUCCCACAUUCCUGCCCCACUGCUGGGAGCGGCGCAGGAUGCCCAGGGCAGGGGGGGAGGAAAGUUGGGGCAUCCCAAAAAGAUCCCAAAUCAAGUGGUAGGAGCCAACUGUGUCCAAGAGGGUGGUGGCUCUGAGCUGUUAAUGAGCUACACUAAUUACCUGCAAUUAGGUGUAGUAAAGGGAAGGCAAUCGGGAUUCCAGGGCAUGGAAAUGGCAGCAGGGAAUUUGCUGCUGCUCUUGGCAUGUGGGGAUGAUCCCACAGCCCCCUGUCUCAGGAUAGGAAUGGGAAAGACUCCAGCUGUAAAUGUGGCAUUUAUUAAAAUAUAUGCAAACAGCAUAAAA